UUAAAUUCGCAAUGUCUUCAAGUUCGACAUUCUCUGUAUCUUCUCCAUCGGAUAUUGUCAUAUGCUAUUCUUUGUGUUUAUUUGGGUAUCAAGCGAGAAAUUUAAACAUGAGCACUAAAGACAUUCUGUCAGGGGACUGCCUUGCUCUGUGUCGCAAAGAUGAAAGGAGAACUGCCAAAGUCGUCAUCAGUGGGAUAAUUCUCUUCAACACUUUUGUGCUUGGUAUUAUUGCCGUCGUUGCCAUCGUAAACAGUGCAACAUCAUCGCGCACACAACAAGAUCACACGGCGUUGAAUGAAGCCUUGGAUAAGGCUUACAAGGAGGUGGAAUUGAUGAAUCAGGAGCAGUUGCAAGAGAGUGACGCUGAUGCUUCACCUGAUCUACAGUUCCUCAAUCUACUGAAGCCAGUGUCACACUUCUCAGGGCUAGAUUUCGACAUGAGAACAUCAGGGCGAGACGGCCUCCUCACAGCUGUGCGAAACUGGGCCAACCCUGAUGGUUCUGACAGAAAGCUCCUGUACAACGGAAUGAGUUACGAGAACGGCUCCAUCACAGUACCAGCAGCAGGAGUGUACCACAUCACAAGUCAUGUCAAGUUCUACGUCGAGGACAACAGGAAGGACGACAAGCCAUUCCAAACAUUCCAGCACCAGGUUGUCAGCUACAGCUCCUCAGGGCGGAGACAGGUCGUGUUGUUUGAGAAUGCCGUGACUGAGUGUAAAGAGGGUAUCAACGACGGAGCUCACCUGGAGUACCCGAGUGAUGCUGGUGGACUGGCUCAGUUAGAUGCUGGAGAUCAGGUGAUGGUGAAACUGUCCAAUAUUCAUCCCUUGAAACAUGACCGGGACUGGCACUAUUUUGAUAUUCACCUUGUUUGAUGCACUGUCCCAAACAUGCGUGGUUUAAUACAGUGGUUGCCAAAAGAACCAAAAAAAAGCUCCUGUACAGUGGAAUGAGUUACGAGAACGGAUCCAUCAGAGUACCGGCAGCAGGAGUGUACCACAUCACAAGUCAUGUCAAGUUCUACGUCGAGGACAACAAGAGGGACAAAAAGCCACUCCAAACAUUCCAUUACCAAGUUGUCCGCUAUAGCGCUUCCAGCCAGACACAGGUCGUGUUGUUUGAGAAUGCCGUGACUGAUGCCGGCGGACUGGCUUAUUUAGAAGCCCGAGAUCAGGUGUUGGUGAAAGUAAGGGACUGGCGCUAUGUUAAUAUUCACCUGGGGGGCACGGGUGGCCCAGUCGUCUGAGGCGCCGCGAUUCGCUGUGCAGAGUUGCGUCCCUUGGGGACGCCAGAAACCUAUGAUUGUGGGUUCGAAUCCCAGUUCGUCCCGAUUAUGUUUCUAGGUUUGUCAGCACCAUACCCGUGCUCGUGGGUUUCACCGAAGUGAUUAACAUCACUUCGGGCUUUCCUCCCACAUUAAGCUGACACGCCGUGAUAUAACUGGAAUACUGUUAAAAGCGGCGUUAAACCCAACUCACUCACUUACUCACUAAUAUUCACCUCGUUUAAUACACAAAUUGCGUGGUGUAAAAUACCGAGUGCCAAAGUGCCGACGUGCAAAAUGUAAUAUUUCCACGAUUUAUUAUGCUUUCGGCCUGGAAUGAUUAGAUUCUACCUCAGGUCAUUGUGUGAUCAGCAACUCAGGGAAUAAAGAUGUACACUCACA